GGCGAUUGUGUGUCAUUUAAUUAGCAUGUUCCAACAUCCGAACAUUUAAAUAAAUUUAAAUGUUGUAAUCGUGAUGGAUUCGAACGAUCACGGCGGCGGCGACCUUGCUGUCAAUCUUGAUGAGAGAAAUACUGAUUAUGACGAGCUCGAGACGUCUGGGUCUCUACAGUAUUUGGAUGAUUGCGAGAAACCGAUACGAUUCACUGACAAAAAAGGCAGCGACAAGCUACCGGUUGGAGUGCUUGGGAUUUGUGUGAAAGGUUGUCACAUCAAUGAGUAUGACGUCAACAGUCAGUGUUGCUAUCUCAUCACCAUCAAAGUCCAACAACUAGAAAGCUCGACCACAUCCACUCGAGUUCACACCGAGUUCUAUGCAUCAUGGAACGAAGUCAAACACCUGCCAGUGACAAUUUACCCUAAAUGUAGUGACGUCAGAAACACCAUCGACUUCUGUCUAGCGACUGUGGAUAGGAAUAAGGAUGCAGCUACUGUAAUAGGAUUGGCAGCUCUACGACUACACGACAUAGUAAAAGUACUCAAACUGAUUAAACGCAUCACAGCACUAGUGAACGAAGUGAUGAUUGUUGUUUUGUGUUUUAAUUAAUUAAUUAAUUAAUUAACAGUCAAGAUGUCUGUCGACAUUACUUGACAUCAAAACGCUACCUGAAAAUGUAAGUCGAGUUGUUGCAUGCGUGUAAUAUAUUAGAGCCAAUUUAAUUAAUUAAUUAAUUAAAUUAUAUAUAUUUUUAGAAAGUUGU